GUGUACAGAAAAAGACAUUUGUGCAAAUAAGCCAGAACUGGGAGGAGGUGUGGAUGGCAGUAGAGUCAGAAAAAUAAUCCCGGAACUGGACUGCGUUGCAUCUGACCAUUGCUUGUUCAUCUUGCACAGAAGAAGAGACCGCUUUGCUUCUGUAAUUCUUUAUUUCCGUGUUCUAGACACUGCAAAAUAAACUGUGAUAUUUGGGGACCAUGGCUACAGACCCACUCUCGGAGCUUCAGGAUGACCUGAACUUGGAUGAUACCAACCAGUCCCUCAGUCAGCUCAAACUGGCCUCCAUAGAUGAUAAGAACUGGCCAGCAGAUGAAGUCCCUGCUUUUCCCAAGUCAGAUGACUCCAAAGGCUCCCCUGAGCCUGUCACUCACCUGCAGUGGGAUGAUCCCUACUAUGAUAUCGCCAGGCACCACAUUGUGGAAGUAACAGGUGAUGACAAAUAUGGAAGAAAAGUCAUUUUGUUCAGUGCCUGCCGGAUGCCCCCAAGUCAUCAGUUAGAUCACGUGAAACUGCUGGGGUACCUGAAAUUCACACUGGACCAGUAUGUGGAGAGUGAUUACACUCUGGUGUACCUGCACCAUGGCCUGACCAGUGAGAACAAGCCAUCCCUGAGCUGGUUGCGGGAUGCCUACAGGGAAUUUGAUCGCAAGUACAAGAAGAACAUCAAAGCCUUGUAUAUUGUGCACCCAACCAUGUUCAUCAAGACCUUGCUGAUACUCUUCAAGCCUCUGAUUAGCUUUAAAUUUGGACGGAAGAUUUUUUAUGUGAAUUACCUUAGUGAGCUGGAGGAGUAUGUGAAGCUGGAACAGUUGGGGAUCCCAAGCCAAGUGCUGAAGUAUGAUGAAUACCUGAGAUCCCUGCAGAAACCUUUGCCCCAGAAGCCAAUACCUCCACGCCCACCUCUGCCAAACCAGCAGUUUGGAGUCUCCCUACAGCAUCUCAGGGAGAAGAGCCCCGAUCAGUCUCCUGUUCCUCUGGUGGUCAGAGACACCAUUGCUCACUUGCUCGAGCAUGCUCUUAAUACAGAGGGGAUUUUCCGGAGAUCAGCAAAUACACAGGUUGUCAGAGAGGUCCAGCAAAAAUACAAUAUGGGCGUGCCCGUAGAUUUCCAGGAGUAUGAAGAUGUCCACCUCCCUGCUGUGAUUCUCAAGACCUUCUUGAGGGAGCUACCUGAGCCCCUCCUCACUUUUGGCCUCUACAGCCAUGUUGUCAGUUUCCAGAGUGUGGAGGAGGUGAAACGUGUGGAUAUUGUUCGCAAAACACUCCAGGAUUUGCCAGAAGAAAACUACCAAGUGCUCCGUUUACUGACAGCCUUUCUGGUGCAGGUCUCUGCUCACAGCGACAGAAACAAGAUGACAAACACCAACCUGGCAGUUGUGUUUGGCCCAAAUCUGCUCUGGGCCAAAGAUGUGGCCAUCACUCUAAAAGCCAUCAAUCCCAUCAAUACCUUUACCAAAUUCCUGCUGGACCACCAGAAGGAGCUGUUUGAGGCUGCGGAGGCCUGAAUCCAGGCCAGCCCACACCUGCACACUGUGCCCACCUUCCCCCUUCUUUGUCUUGGAGCUGUGACCAAGCUGUCUCCAGUACAAAGGGACCAUUGAUCUUCUGGGUGAUGAGCAGAGUGAGGGCUGUGGAGAUGAUGGUGAAAGUGUGCAAGUAAGUGAGCAGGAGACCUGCAGUUCUGGAUGGGCAGGGGAGCUGGUCUCCCAGCUGCUGAGACUGGAGUCCUAACCCACCUGUGCAGCUCCUCCAGGGCUCAUCACCAGUCUUCUGCCCUAUCAGAUGACCUGCCUUCCUUUCCUCCCUCCCUUAUGUGCCAUUUUUCUGCCCUCCUGAUCCCUUCCUCAGCACAGAUCUUUUUGUUCAAGCUCCCAGUAGCCCCAGCUCACCCCUCCUUGCCUCCGCUGGGCUGUUUGGGCUAGGGUGGACUUGCUGGUUUUUGUGGUGGAGACAUUCUUACUGUGAGUGCCGUUUCUCAGCACUGAACAUGCAUCCUGCCUUUCCCCAGGGGCACCUAAAGCAGGGAAAGGAGCAGCAGCCCUUGUGCUUCAGGUAGCAGCAUGUCCUGCAUUUGCAAACACGACUCUAGAUCCCCUGCUUCUGGCAGGCAGGUGAAGGACAGGCUCACGGCAGUGGGCUAUUACCUGUCAGACUCCAAAACAAUGAAGGUGAGUUUAGCCUAAAGCCCAGCCCCUUUGGGGUCACCUACUCCAGAUACUAUUCAGUAUUUGCUGGACUGUAGUGGGUGACUUGCCUCCUGUAGUUAUCUAGCUCAGGUGUGUUUGUCCCUCCAGCAGCACUUCCAGCCUGGCUGGGAAGGCUCAUGCCAGGCCUGACUGUGCAUGCAGGCCAGCUGUGACCCUUUGACAGCUGGUGAGUCUGAAUGGCAGGAGUGAGUGCCUUGGUGGCACUGAGCUGCUGAACACCAUGAGGAUCAGAAUCUGGCCUGGCUGCAGCACAGGGCCUCCUCUUCUGGCAUAUGUAUCUGUGCGGACUGGCACAGAUCGCCUUGACUAGUUAGUUGUCUUUUUGAGCACAACUUUCCUCAGCACACUGUAACAGAGCAUGGCCUUGAGGGAAGGUCUGGGGACUGGGGCUAACCCUCACCAUGGAGUGCACAGGGCCUGGAUUACAAAUUUCUGCCCAGGUGCUGAGUACUCAUGUGCCAAAGCUGUGAGGUAACAGCUAUUCCAUGCCAAGGGCCUUUGCCGUGUCUCCUCUGGGGUUCACACCUUCCACCCUGCCACCUGGUCAGAUGCAUUCUGUAUGCCCUGGGCACAGCUGGAGAGACUGUGUUCUCUGCAAGGCAGGCUCAGAGUGGGGCGGUCCUGGCACCUCCCUGGAGCAACUGCAAUACUGUUACAGCAUCUCUUUUGGCUUUGGGUUGCCUCAUUCCCAUUACCUGAACUGAAAGAGAUCCUUCUCCUCAGCCUGGGCCUGUCAGGGUUUUAGGAGGGAGCUUCUAGCCUUACUUCACUGGUGUGAUUUAUCUUUGUAUCUUGUGCCCUGUGUGCCUGGGCCAGACCUCCCUGCUGCAUCUGGCCUCAGGGACAAAUCUUUUGGACCAAGCAGAACUGUUUUUUUAAAAGCUACUGGAUGCUAAAUAGAAUUUGCUUUUUCAUAAUAUUUUAACCUGCCUUUAAACACCGACCAAGGGUCGGUGCCCUGGUGUAAUCAAAGUAAGUGGCAUCUGCUGCAGGAAUUAAGGAGACUGCUUUUUGCUAAACUCUGGAAUGGGGAUGGGUGCAAACAUAGGCAGCUCUGCAGGGCAGCUAGGUCCAGCCAGCUGGCUUGGAGGAGGCACACCCACACGUGGGUGGGAACAGCGAACAAGAAAGUGAGCAUUACUAAGGCUGGAGCAAGAGAUGUUGUAAGAUAGGACUGGAUCUGAUCCUUUCUAGAUACUGGUAGACUUUGCCCUAUGGAGGCUACCAGGCUGCUGACUUCUUCAUCUCCUUCUUCCAAGAGUAGGAGCCUUCCUUGUUUGGCCAGGAUAUGAAUUCUUUCAUCCUGAACAAUUCACAGCAGUAACUAAAUACAUGUUUUUUGAGGGAGAAAUAAUCUGCUCCUAAUUCAUCUGUAAUCUCUUCUAGAAUGAGUUAGCAGGGCAGAUGGGCUGUGGAGGAGUAAUCUGGGGUGGACUAGUGUGGAGAGAGGUGUACUUGCCCCAGUGUUUAAGGGGCAAGGCUAUGGAGGCUGAUGGAGUGCAGUGCAGCCCCUCUUUCCCUGCAGGUGCCCUGCUCUGUGGAGGCUUUGGUAGGGGGAGAAGGAGACUUGGUGCUCUGAUUGUAUCUGCAGCUGACACUGGCUUCUCCUUCAUCUCCCUAGAGGAAAGGCCCAAGCUCGGCAACCUGGAAUCCAAGUGCCUGCGUGCAUGAGGCCUGGCCCUACGCACUCUCUGGGGAAGGUGGCAUGUUCUGGCCUUGCAGAGCAGCAAGGACUGUUCCCUGCCCAGUAGCCGGAGGAGCAGAGCUGGAGUAGCUCCUCUCCAGGGGGAAAGUGGGGAAUACUGCAAGUGUCUGAGUUCUGGCUGGAGUUUGAUGGUUUAUUUUAGGGGUUUUUUUUUGGGAUUUAGAUUUUGGUUUGUUUUUUUUUUUUUUAGUGAAUUCUUGAAAUGAUGUUUCCUUUUUUAGCAAAAUAGAGGCUGGUUCAUCCCCUGCAGGCAGGGAUAAAAGCCUGCUCCAGUUCAGUGCCUGCAGGGAGCAGAUUCAGAGUGUUCAGGGAACUACUACUGCUCAUGGUGGGAAAGUGCUUGCAAAUCCUGGAAGGGACCCACUGUAAAUAUCCCCUUUCCUCUACUGCUCCUUGUGCUGGAGCUGCUGAGGGCCCUGGAGCAGGCACAGUAACCAGGGUUGCUUUUGCAGUCUGUUCUCCUGAAUGCCUUGUAUUGAAAUAUUCCUCCUAUGAUCUGAGCAAGGAACUGGCCCGGGCCUGCCUGCAGCCUGUGUCAGGUGGGUGGUCACCAGAGGCUGCACUUGCCAAGGCCAGGGGGUUAAAUUCCCUCCUCACAUGGGCAGGGUCCUGGCUGGGCUGGGUUCCUCUGCCUCAUAGAGGUUGGGGGUGGUAUACAGUUAAGGUGCUGGUCUUUUGUUGGUUUUCUCCUUGCUGUAGAGCUGCCCAAGGGUCUCUUCCCUGGCUUACCUUUCAGGUUAGCUAUUAGCCAUUUCUUCCUGGGGGGUACCUGUUCUGCACCAACCUCCUGCUUUUAGCACCUAGAACAUUCCCCUCUGCUAGCCAAGCCUCCUGCUGUCUUAAUGGCCUCUGUUCACUCCCUGGCCCAAGCUGUGAACUGACACAAGAACUUUUGGGUGGUGCAGGGAUUCUGGGGCCAUCCAGAUGCCUUGUGUGCUAACACGAGAGAGCCGAGGGCCAGUUUGGUCCCAGUUUCCUUUUAUAUGCACAGGGGCUCCUGUGCAAAAAUUUCAGCUUUGCUUUUAUUGCUGGCGUUCCCUGCCUUCUUCUUUGUUGAUGUUCAUGAGGUGCAGGCCUGGGUUUUCACGGUUCACACUGUUUAUUUUCUUUUAAUCUGCACCGAUCUUGUAUUUCACAGUUUGCACUUUUUGUAUUUCAAUAAAAAUGAAAAUGUAAUCUCA